CAAGGUCAAUCAAAUGGUGUUUAUGUAAAAAGUGAGUGUACGCGACUAGAGUUUGUUCUAUUACCACUGUAAUCACAUUUGUAUGAAUGCAACAAAUCAACAAAUCAACUGGUCAAUCAAAACAAAACAAAAAAAAAAUGACCGAAUUAACAAUAUCCGAACCAGGAUUCAAAGAUGUUUGGCUACGAAAAUUUCAAAUUUUCAUCAAUAAAUUCAUAUUCAUUCUAUGGACCGGUAUAUUAAUCUAUGCUGUUGGUCCAUAUUAUUCCAUACGUGAAUUGUUUAGACAUUUACAAAUAUUCGGUUUCAAAAAACUUGAUUACAGUAAAGAAUUUGGUGAUAUUGAUUUACAUGGAAAAAUUUGUGUUAUAACCGGCGGUACUCGUGGUAUCGGUAUGGAAGUAUGUAGAUAUUUAGUUGGAAAAAAUUGUCAAAUCAUUACGGCAACAUCAACGUUGAAAGAUGAUGCCAACGAUAUGAUGAUUGAACAGGCGAAAAGAAAAUUAAUAACAAAAAUCGAUCCAUCAUUAUUAUCAAGUAAUAACCGAAAUCAAAUUACUUUACUGCCAUUGGAUCUAUCAUCAAUGGAUUCGGUGGCAAAAUUUGCAAAAAUCAAGAUGAGAUGUAAUAAAAUUGAUUAUUUGAUAUGCAAUGGUGGUGUAAUGUUUGUACCAUUCAAUAUAACCAAUGAUCAUUUUGAACAACAUAUGGCCAUUAAUUAUUAUGGUCAUUGUUUAUUGAUUGCUAAAUUAUUACCAUUAUUAUCAUCAACAAAUGAACAACAACAACAACAACAACAACCAGGACGUAUUAUAAUGGUUUCAUCUGGUGCACAUCAUGCUAGUUUUGGUAUUCGUCUUCAUGAUCUAAAUUCAAUGAAAUUAUUUUCCAUUUAUCAUUCAUAUUGUCAAUCAAAAUUAUGUCAAAUAAUGUUUACUUAUCAAUUUAAUCGUUGGCUACUAUUGAAUGAUCAAAAUGUAACAAUAAAUUGUCUUCAUCCAGGAAUGUGUCGUACUGGUCUAAUGAAUGCAUUCAAUUUUAUUCGUUAUAUUUGGCUAAUUCGAGAAUCACCAUUAUUUCGUUCUGCUGCUGAUGGUGCCGAAACAAUAUUGUUUACAACAUUAUCACGAAAAAUUGAAACAAUAAGUGGUGAAUAUUUUGAAGAUUGUCAACGGCAACGAUCCAGUCAAUUGUCAUAUGAUUUAUGGAUGCAGAAACAACUUUGGCAACAAACAUGGAAUGAUUUACGUACAUGGCUUACAAAUGAUGAAAUUGAAAAAUUUUUUUGAUUUCAGCAAUUUGAUUUUUUU